GGCUCUUCUUUGGUCCGGAGGAAAAAACCUGAGAGAAUUAGCAGAUCCCAGUUUGUCCAUAGAAUAGGAGAAGGUAAUAGCGGUAGCAGUCGGGGUAUCUAACAAAGGCGUGUGUUCUGUAAUGGAGCAGUCAAAUCAUUUAUAUACUCUGAGUCCUGCUGAGUUGAGGCUGUUGAUCAGGCAGAAAGAUCCCAGAAUAAGCACCACCACUGGAUUAGCUAACGGAUACCAGCAAGCUAAUGUCGUCAUCCUGCCCAAUCAUCUGGCCAAUGACUUUGAAGUGUUCUGUCGCAGAAAUCCCGCACCCUUGCCACUCCUUUAUCGCAGCCAAUCAGGGGAGACUUCCUGUCUGCCUCUUGCGAGACAUGCUGACAUAAGGACAGAUAUUUCUCAAUACCAUGUGUAUGAAGAGGGUUGCCUGGUGAAAACAGUCUCGAGUCUGCAGAGUUACAGCACUCAGCCAAGGAUUGCAUCAGAGCAGCAGGCUGCACAUCAUGGCCCGUGGUCAGACAUGGUUUGUUUCUAUCUGGGCUGCAGUUUCGGCUUUGAGGGCCGACUGAAGAAAGCUGGAGUCCCAGUCAGAAACGUGGAGCAGGGCACAAAUGUCAGCAUGUAUAGGACUGCAGUUCCGUGUAAUCCUGCAGGUGUGUUCAGCUGCCCUCUAGUGGUCACUAUGCGUCCUGUUCCAGCUGCCAUGCUGGAUGCAGCAGUAGAGGUUACUCACCUCAACCCGCUUGCACAUGGAGCUCCUAUACACAUAGGAGACCCAGCUCUCCUAGGAAUACAGGACCUGUCCAGACCAAACUAUGGCGACCAAGUACAGCUGCAGCCUGGAGAUGUCCCUGUGUUCUGGGCCUGUGGAGUGACCGCUAUAGAAGCAAUACUCAGCAGCAAGCCUUCUUUGGCAUUCAGUCACUCCCCAGGCUGUAUGUUUCUGACUGACAUCCCAGACUCGCCCUCUUCUUCUCCCACACCUCCACCCUCUGAGGGCUCCGUAGGCUCGCCCUCCACUGAUCACAAUCUUGACUUGAUUCCCUUCUGUUUUCUGGUAUCCCAUAAUCCCUUGCUGUACAGUUUGGCAUCUCAGGGUGCCGUGGCAAAGAUCCGACAGCUGCAGACAAUUAUUGGAGAGGACCCAGGUCAACGCGGGAUCAGAGCUUUAUUUGUUCAGGAUGAACUUCUGCGCUCAUGUCUGGCACUCUCCCACGCAUUCUCUGUUGCCAUAACUACCGGCUUCCCCACACACUACAUGCACAGUCCCCCUGAUGAGACGGACGGCCCACCUGGAGCCAUUGCCAUGGCGACCAUGCUGCUGUCGCUAGGGAAACGGGUGACAAUAGUGACGGACAGCAGAGCCUUGGAGAUGAACCGGUCCAUCAUUGAUGAAGCUGUGAGGACAGGUGUGCUGAAAACUGCAAUCCCAUUGGUCACAUAUGAAGACAGCGGCCCAGACUCUGCACUUCACUUCCUGUGUCACGAUGGAGACCCCAGCAAGCCCAGGUACGACCACCUUGUGGCAAUAGAGCGCAGUGGACGUGCUGGAGAUGGAAAUUACUACAACAUGCGAGGAGUAAACAUCAAACAUCUGGUGGAUCCCAUUGAUAACUUGUUUAUUGCUGCCAAGGAUAUACCCGGAAUAAUCACUACAGGAAUAGGUGAUGGAGGUAAUGAGUUGGGGAUGGGCAAACUGAAGGAAAAAGUGAAGACUCUGAUGCCCAAUGGGAGUCUCAUAGCCUGUGAUAUUCCUGCUGACUAUGCCAUCACUGCUGGGGUGUCUAACUGGGGAGGAUAUGCUGUGGCCUGUGGGCUCUACCUGCUCCACACCUGCCCCUCCCACCAGCGAUACAGAAAGAGAGGACUGGGUUUGGAGCACGCAAUCCCCCAAGAACAGCUCCAGGACUGGACUGCUAACCUGCCCUCUGUGGACAAGGAGGAAUCCAUCCUUUCCACUCUGGUGCGUUUUGGGAUAAGAAGCGGGAAAACUGGUCACCUGGCCAUGGAGGUGGAUGGUUUGACCUUUCACCCCACACACUCCGACAUCAUCACCAGAUUGCUGGAAGUCACACAAGGCUCCACCGCUCCAAACCUCUAAUUAAGUCAUCCUGUUUAUUCUCAGCAAUAUUUUUAAAAAGAGGCAUAUAUCAAAAAGUGAAUUAUCUAUUAACAAGUAUUACAGAACUUAGACACAAGUAGCCGUGUACGCUCAUUAAGCUCAGGGCCCUGAGAGAGAAACACACAUUAGCAUGCACUUGCUCUCAUACAGAUGCACUAACAGGCUAUCAGUGUGCCAAGUGGUGGCAUUCUGUUUCCUCUCUCUUCAGAUUGCCUUAAGGAAGUGAGAGAGAAAGGACAGAAUGAAAAGUUAGCUGUGACUGUGUGUGAAGGUAUGUGUGUGUGUGUGUGUGUGGUUUUCUAUGCCGCCUUGGUUACCUUUCAGCCCUCUUCCUUGACUACCGGUGACAAAACAAACUGAAGGAAAAUCAGCUCUCUUUUAUCUCUCGCUCUCUCUGACUGGCUCAGUAAUGAACAAAUGAAUCAGAGCUUUAAGUUUAUAUUUUCAUGCUUUAAGUACACCUUGUAGUUUUCUAGUUGAUUCAUUGACAGUAACUUAAAGUGUGAUGUGUGAAUAACUGCAAUGUUAUGGAUCAUUAGCACAGAUUUUCCAACUAUUAGAUGUUGGGUCACCGAAAUGGGCUGUGUUUUUUGCGUUUACCUUGUAAACCGUUGUAAAUGCAAUCGUCAGCAAACAGACCCAUAACUUCCUGAACUUGGCUGCUUUUCAAAGAGUUUCUCCUAAAUACAGUCAAGAAACAUGUAAAAAAUACCAGGACUUAGUUAAGAUGCUUAGUUAUGAUGUGGAGGUCUUUUUUGGAUGCAGAGAUAGAUAACCUGAACACAUUCCACAACCUUUGGACGAACAAUCCUUGUUGUGCAAUGUAUCACUUCUUAAAAGCAAACCUUUUACAGGAUCUGUCACACUCUGACAAAUAUUAGUAAAACAUAUUAUAUCAACAUCAUUCCUACUUAGUGUUACAGUGAUGCUGGUAUACAAAUUAAAUUACGCUCGUUAUGCACCUUACCCAGUGAUUUGCUUCUCAACAACACUCCAGUGACAGUGUUUAUGUAGUCACGCAUUCAAUAAGUGUUGGACAUUGUUGUUAAUUUUUUUUUGUUUUACGUAUUAUAAUGUAAUUUAAAUAAAAAAUGAUUUGCCACUAACCUGAAGUCUGUCUAACAAAGGUUUGUUUUGUUUUUUUCUUAUUUGAGCUAAAGUGAUAUGUUGUGGACCAUUAUAGCAGUAGAGCUGGUGUCUAGUAGCAUAUCUGGCUUCAUAGCAGAAAUAAACAUGUUUACGGCCUGGUGGAAAAAAAGCACAGUUUUGGUCUCUAUAGCUAAUUUCCUCACUGCUUCUAAUUUAGCUGUGUUUGUGUUGUCGGUGCCUUUUAAAAAUGAUUUUUCAUACAUAUACUGCUUUGCUAUGAUGAAAUUGUACUACCACUCAGUCCAAAUGAUCUGUGUGCCAGUGUUUUGGAGUGGAAUUCAAGUAUUUUAUUUAUAUGUUAGCACUAAAAAUAAAAGCAUUAUAUUUUGAUGUCUGCGCUCACCAUACAGCUUUCUCAACAAAGUGAUAAUCAAUGACGUGCAUUUG